CAAGCUACACAUCACAUCCCUCCUCAUCGUACCAUACCUGCUGCAUCGAUUUGCUGUUUGUGUGAUUCACUUGGGCGCAAACAUCCUCAUCAACAUCAUGGAUGCUAAGUGUCUUGUGUCUCUUGUGGUAGUUCUCAUGGUUGGGGUGUAUGGGACCCACGGACAGGAUGCCAGGGUGAAGCUGUGUGGGAGAGAGUUUAUCCGUAUGGUAGUCACAUCGUGUGGGAGCUCCAGACUGAGGCGCUCCACUCCGGAGCUUGGACAACACCCCGUCAACCACCACAGGGUAAUUCUGGAUUGGCUGAACAGCAAUCAGUUUUCCAACCUGAGGACUUCAGAGACUGGUGAAGAUGUGGUGACACAGCAAGAUGACCAGGACUCCACAAAGAGUAUGACAGAAGACCAACAGACCCAUUCAGGGUUUCCCAGCACACCGCAGGUCCAGGGGGACAUGGAGCCUUCAACCGUCCCUCUGGGGUACACCGUGUCCUCCCGUACCCGCCGAGACGUGGGGCCUGCUGGGGUGUGCUGCCGAUCCGGCUGCACCAUGAGCGAGCUGGUCCAGUAUUGCUAAGCUAAAGUUAAUGCUAGACUAAUGCUAGGCAAGAAUAACAUUUCACAAGGAAUUGUUGGUCAGCCAUUGCUUGGUUAGCCAUUGGAAUGACGUAAUAGGUUAAAAUCAGGUUUAUUUACAUUGGUUGGGAUGUUUGAAGGGCCAUUUUGCAGUUGCCAAACCUUUGCAUUAGAGCUAAUGUAGUUAGUUCUACAGAAAUGUUCAUGUUGUUUUCUUGAUAUCAUGAAUUGUGUGUUAAUCUAAUCAUUAGAGUACUGUUGAGGAAGGACUUGUGUAAUGGUAAAAUCAAGACGGAAAGAAUGUUGUCGAAAGAGGCUUUAUUUAUCAUAAUAAUAAUUUGUAUUAUUUAUCACAUUAAUAUUAUACUUGAUUCUCACCUGCACAAUGAAGGACAACAAUGAAUGCCAAAUGAGAGUUGUCAAAGAAACCUUCCUGUUCAUCUUGAAUCACAAUGAAAUAAAGCUUUUGAAGAUCAUCGGUGAGUGGAGGUUACUUUACAGUUGUCUGUCUUAUGCAAACCAUGCUUUUCUGACUUCAAACAGGGACAAUAACCCCUCACUUCUCCACAAUGUGUUGCAAGCUCCAUGCCAUGUUGAAAGUGCUUUGAAACCUAUAGCGACAUGUGCUAUACAGUAGAAAUGCAAUCGAUCCAUGUGUCAUAGAGAAGGCAUCACCCCCACAGAGCAUCCCCCUCUAGUAAAGAUCAAAUGAUCUGCCUGCCCUCUCACUCCACUUGAAACAAUUUCCAUUCUCAUUACAAUCUUCAUCAGUGUACAUCAUUGAAAAAGGCAGAGAAAAUCCCUUCAAAAGUCUGUAUGGCAGUAGCCAGAUUACAGCUCCCAAAUCAUACUCGGUCUGAAUAGACACGAAAUCCAGUUGACGCUCUCUGAUAAGGAUGAAUCGGAUUGGGCCAAGUGCCUGCUGGGGUGUGCUGCCGAUCCGGCUGUCCUGCUAAUAUCCCAUCAGAUAUGAUAAGCACUACAGAUGCCACUAUAUAGUGGAACAUUUAGCCUGUAGAAUAGGGGCUAAUAUAUGGUUACUGUUGUGUUAUGUCAGCUCAGAUGGUGUUAGCCAUUUUGAAUGAAAAUAAAAAGUGUUGAAAUUAUAUUACAGAAUGCAUAAUA